AUGCUGGCGGUGGGGCAGAUGGACGGCAGCCCCCGGCAGAGCGCCUUCCUGCUCGGCAGUCCGCCCCUGGCCGCCCUGCACAGCAUGGCCGAGAUGAAGACCCCGCUGUACCCGGCGUACCCGCUGUCCGCCGGGCCGGCCUCCUCCUCCUCCUCCUCCGCCUCCCCGUCCCCGCCGCUGGGCUCCCCCAACCCGGCCGGCCUCAAGCCGCCGGCCCUGGCCAGCCCCCCGCAGCAGCUCUCGGCCGCCACCCCGCACGGCAUCAACGACAUCCUGAGCCGGCCCUCCAUGCCCCUGGCCGGGGCCGCUCUGGCCUCCUCGUCGCCCUCCGGCUCCUCCUCGUCCCCCGCCGGCCUCCUGGCCGGCCUGCCCCGCUUCAGCAGCCUCAGCCCCCCGCCGCCGCCCCCCGGGCUCUACUUCAGCCCCAGCGCCGCCGCCGUGGCCGUGGGCCGCUACCCCAAGCCCCUGGCCGAGCUGCCCGGCAGGACCCCGAUCUUCUGGCCGGGGGUGAUGCAGAGCCCCCCCUGGAGAGACGCGCGCCUCGCCUGCACCCCCCAUCAAGGUUCAAUUUUGCUGGAUAAAGACGGAAAGAGAAAACAUACAAGACCCACUUUUUCUGGCCAGCAGAUUUUCGCCCUGGAAAAGACUUUUGAGCAGACCAAAUAUUUAGCAGGACCAGAGAGAGCCAGGCUAGCCUAUUCACUGGGGAUGACAGAGAGUCAAGUCAAGGUUUGGUUCCAGAACCGGCGCACCAAGUGGCGGAAGAAGCAUGCGGCCGAGAUGGCCACGGCUAAGAAGAAGCAGGACUCGGAGACCGAGAGGCUGAAGGGGGCCUCGGAGAACGAGGAGGAGGACGAUGACUACAACAAGCCUCUGGACCCCAACUCGGACGACGAGAAGAUCACCCAGCUGCUGAAGAAACACAAGUCGAGCAGCAGCAGCUUGCUCCUGCACACGUCUGAGAACGAGAGCUCCUCUUAA